AUGCGAACAUCCCAGGCAAACUGCAACAUACUUACCUUGCCAGAAAAUUACAAUGGUCAGUGCUUUCAGUUUGAAUUUAUAAACAUCCGGGGGCAUGAAUGCGUUAACUGUACAGUGCCCCUCUGGUAUAAAAAAGGUCACUACCCUUUGCACACAGACAGUGACUCGAAUAAGCGCGAAUUAAGGGCAAACCAAGGCGCGCGUAAAAGCGAAGAUAACUUUGGUAACUAUUGGGUUAUAAAUUGCAAACAUUGCUGUUCUUUUAACUCUUCUUCUACUACUCAGUUCUGGCUGGGAGGCCGGUGAAAAGUUGGUUUGAGACUUGCUAAGUUACUGAAUGAUAUCGUUUCCGACGUAUUUGCCCAAGCAGAAGUAUUGUAGAUCAUGUAAUGUUCCCAAGGGGAGGCUACUUUUCAAGCAGUCUAGUCAAGGGAAGGUUAUGGUAAUCACAGGAUUUUGGUCUAGAAUGAGACAUGAAGAUUGAGGAGUUUCUGGUUCACACAUAUCUCGCGACGAUUAUUGGUCAUUUCCAUCGAAUGAAAAUUAGGAGCUGUUUUUACGGAGGGAGAAAGAUCCUAGCACCAGGAAGAUCCCAGAUAGCUGAUCAUCAUGGCGCCAUUUUUAUGAUUUUAUCUUUAUUCUGUUUACCCAGAUGCAAAAGGUUGUACUCGUCCCUAGCGCUAGGGUCUUCUUUAGUUAGUAGUAGUAUUUUCUUAGCUGAGAAAUAGGAAGAUCCUAGUACUAGGAAGAUCCUGGCACUUUGCAAACUGCCUUCAGUGGGAAGAUCCUGCUAGUACUAGGUACGAACCAAACAAAAAUGGCGGUGGGUCGUUCAGUGGCAUAUCACGGCAAUACAGGCCCACCCUGAUUUCGUUUGGUGUUACCACGAGCUGAUUAUUGUGAUAAUUCUGCUGAAAGGUGAUUAUUAACACCAGUAAAGAGAGCAUAAGGGCCCAAAUUGCAUUUUUGUUUAUGUCGCUCGCCAUUUUUAAUUCCUUCUUGAUCCUCCACUACUUGGGUACCACACGGACAGAGCACUUACUGCAUGUAAACCCAAAGAAAAGUUGCAUGUUUGGCCCUCUAGGAUCUUCAUCCCACCAUGUAAACAGCCCCAACACUCCUUUGCUGAAUCAUUCAGCGCCUGUAAAAGGUGAACACACACGAAUGGAAAUGGGUUGACACAUAUAGUCCUUCAGCUUGGAGGGGGUUUGGCUCAGUUACUUGAAGGGGAACAGACUAAGCUUGUAUAAACUUAAUCUUUGACUAAAAAGCAUCACAAAAAUGUAUGAUAGCAAGGAUAGAGCGGUAGCUUUCACUUUGUAAAUCGAAUUUUAAAUGUCACUCAUACCCUCCCUUUGGAGAUAGACUAGUUUACACAUGAUGACGUCAUAUAUGACGUCACAGUCACAGAAAAAGUGUAUUCAGCUGCUAUCUCAAUCAUCUAAAUAAUUCAUUGGCAGAAAUCGUGGACAUUUCGCGCCCGUGAUUAAUUGUCAGCGGAAUCUCAUUUCCAAAUGGCGGACAAAAACGAUUAUAGUCAUGGAAAGCGUAUCCCCUGCGAUUUUUUUUAAAUAAUUUGAGCUCUGUGGAUCCGUUUUACGAAGAAAAAAGCUGGAAUAAAACACCUAGCAAGAAAAUGUUAGGUUUAUACUCGGCCGAGCGGCUGAUAGCAACAAAACAGUACGCGGAUGUACCUUUCGUGACAUUUUCGUGACAAUUUUGUUUUAAAACCAAGCCUGGUAGGUUAACGACUGUUUUGGAAACAUCUUCCAUCGCAGAAGUAAUAUCGAGUCGUGCAAAUUUUCUUCAGUGAAGGGUUUAUCCUCUAAUCGACGAGUAUUUCGCAUGACUUCGGCAAGAUUUUAAGAAAAUGUAUGGAGAAAUGGAGGGUACAACGAGAGAUAAAAGUGGCCACUUCGGGAAGUAAGUAAACCUACUUCUAAUUAGCUAUUUUUAACCCAGAUGCGAAGGUUACACAGCACUUAACAUGUUUCGAGUCGUGCACCGAACACCCGUGAGCUCAUAAUCGAUAUAUUUGAAAAAGUUUCCUUAUCUCCAUACAUUUUCUUAUACGAAUUCGAAGCCAUUGUGGCCUUAGUGCGCACGCACAACCGCCAUCUUAGCUUGUCCCUAAUUUCUGGCAAUGAAAUUACCAUUAAGGCUUGCCAAAGCACAAUGCUAGAAGAACAUGUUUAGAGCUGUUGUUAGGGCGUUUUCUACGUUAAGCAAGACACACUUCUACAAAGAAGCAAUAAACGGCAAAUCACACCAGAUAACUUGCUCUAAUCUUCAGUCUAGAGCUUGGUUGAGAACAAAAGCGCCAUAAUCGCAUAACAUCGUUCACAUAUCAUCAUCCUUCACUGCUAGCAUUCGGGUUUGUAAAAUAUAACACAAAGAUAUAUUUAUAUCUGAUGUACCUUAUUUGCGUCUCGAACGUCAUACGCUGAAAAAAGGUUCCUACGCAUGAGUUGCAGAAAGCGUUAUACAAAGUGGUUUUCUGUCAAGAGAGAUCUAAAUGCCAUAUCAACCCUAAAGGAAGACAAAGAAAAACAGGUAACAAAAGUUCAACAGCUGUCUACGGUUCUCCACCUAUGGACGUGAUUCUACACGGCUUAUCUGUAUCAAUCCUCUACGUACGAUUGUUUGGAAUAUAAAGUUCUACCAUCCUACAAAGUAUGAACCCAAACGAAUGAAAAAAUGCAAAAGUAAUUCCUAGUAUGCACUUUUAGGCGUCCUACAUGCCCAGCGUAUUAAAGAGCUGGUGUCCAUGAGAAAACCAGGCACAACCAGGCAAAGGGUAAUAAUGCUCAAGUCACCAAUUUUAUUGAAACUCUGUACAAGUGUUAGAUAUUAGAAGGUGAUAUCUCUGAAAAAAAUAUUAGGUCAAAAUGUUAAAACCCCUAGCAGAAACGGCGUCCUCAGUAAAAAUUUUGAGUAGGUCGUUUUAUUUAUUUACUAAUUAAGUCUUCGCUCUUAACAGAGUAUUGAAAACUGCUUUAAAUAAUAAAAAUUACAACAAUGAAUACAACAAUAACAUAAAAUUACUAAUCAAUAUUUAUGAUUACACAGGGAUUGCCAAAAUGAAAAUGGCGAAGUAGAUGCUAAAAUUUCUGGUGGGAGAUUGUUCCACUGUGCAAUUUUCCUAGGGCAAAAAGAGUUCUUCUAAUAAUCUCAUGUACAACAUGGCUACUCAAAUCGAUGACUGAGAGACGAGAGCCUGGUGUCUCCUGCUCUCAUGUUCUCUCUGAAGUUUAUCGCACUUGUAAGUGGCUAAUCCAUCACUCUGUUUGUACAGAAGGUAGAGAAGUGCGUCAGAUCGGCUGAGCUCCAGAGAUCUCCAUUUGAGAGAAGAUAACAUAUGAGUGACGGUGUCUAAUCUGUCGUAGCGCCCGAGUACGCUGCGAGCUGCUCGGCGUUGAAUCAUUUCGACCUGUUGUAUGUUCUUAACUAAUUAUAACUAAAUGCGGAGAUUGCGGCGUAGAAAGUCCAGAGUCUUGUUUGCUUUGGCGGUAAUUUCAUUUACAUGAUCAUUCCACAGUAAAUAAUACGAGAGGUUGAUCCCUAAAUAUUUAGUAGUAUCAACAGUCUCUAGGACCUUGCAAUGAAGUUUGUACUAAAAUUUGAAAGGUGUACGUCUGCGUGUUACCCGUAUAACGUUGCACUUAGUGCUUGGAUUAAAUUACAUACACCAGUCUGAUUUCCAUUUUCCAAACUGUGAAGAUCAUCUUGUAUUUGUCGAAAAUCGUUCUCAGAUUUUAUUGUAAGAUAAAUGACAGUGUCAUUGGCAAAAAGACGGACACUUGACUUAACAUAGCAUUGGAGAUCAUUAAUAAAAAUAAGGAAACAUUAACGGCCCCAGCAAUGAUCCUUGGGGUACAAUUGAAUUAUACCUCAAUAUUUCUGAUGAGCAACAACUUAUCUGUAUAAUUCCUACAUGAGUGGUAAAAGCCAUCGCUUUUGGAAAAAGUUGUUCAGGCAUCUGAACAUUUCAGCACCAGGCAGGAAGUGAAUUACCCAAACAUUUUAUCAAUUUUUUUUACAACUUUAAAAGUUGAUUUUGUUACAGUAUUGUUUACACGAUUCGGUACUAAUUAUGCACAGGAUUUUACCGCGUAAACUGGGCGAAAACUUGCACCGUUCAGGUGUUUACACGAGUCCACCUAAGAGUGGAACCGUGCCGGUUAAAAAAUUUUGACCUUCUUCUGAUCAGGACAAAAACUUUCACGAAUGGUUUCGAAGAAAUUUUCUUUUAAUAACUCGAAAUUUUACAAAGAAUGUACGGCUCAUUAACUUUUCUGCCACCCAGCAAUUUCGAUAUUGCUAUCAAAAAGCUGAAAAUUGCACAAAUUGCUCGAGCUAAUCAGCUCUUUCAUUUGUUCAAUUUAGUUCGUAUAUACGGCCACGGCUUCUAUGAGUUAAGUCGUAUGCUAAUGAGAAAAAUGUAAACGAUGACGCCAGCAAAGAUUCGCCUAUAUCAAAUUACCUAAACUUGAAAUUCGGAAAAUAGCCCCUGGAGAUUUGAUAUAAAUUGUUCAAAGAUUUGACAGGCUAAAUUAAUAAACAAUGAGUGGGUAAUCACGGGACCAGCGGCGAUGCAAAUUAACUGCAACAAAGGAGAUUGAGAUUAAAUACAGGAAAAAAGUUCAACUCUUACAGGAUUGGUUGAGUGCGACAACAUGGCCCCGAUUUUAUUGUUUCUCUACCUCAAUAUAGCUGCUGUUACGGGAAGUAAAUUUUAAUAAUAAUAGGUGGAAUUUGUUGCUCGGAACACGUCAAUUUAGGUUCUUUCCACCUGCCUCCUGACCGCUGUCGGACGCCAUCUUCUAAAACGUGUCUUUAUGCUAAAGACGAUUGAAAAGAGACUUUGUUUGGUCGUUUCAAUCGGGCUGACAAUGUAGGCUUAACAAAUCGACGACAUGUUUCCAGGGUUUGUACUUGUCUCGACCAUAAAAAUGAAAAUGGUCAUAACGCAUGAGAAACCAGUUCUACUAAUGAUAUAUUGCUGACGACUGAAAUAAAUAAAUAUUAUUGUUGUUGUUGUUCAGUUGUUACGUUCAAUUGAUCUCUCUAGCUUUUUAACCUUUUUUUUUUCUCUUUUACAAGUCCUUAGGCUGUUCAGCAAACAAACCUUUAAACAAGAAAAUAAAACAUAGUAAUAUUUAGACGUCUUUUUAAUCCAAUUUCUUAAACUAUUAAGUUAGAACAACAAUGUAAUAAAGUCCAGGGAGGAUCUAGACCUUCAGAUAAGAAGGGGGUGGGGGUGGGGGGGUCAGUUUCAAAAAACACUUUUUCGGCCCUUCGAGCCUCAGUUUGAUCUAAAAAUAUAGAGAGGGCCUGGUCCCCCCUGGAACCUCCGUGGAUCCGCCACUGAAGUCGUCCGCUUGUUUAAUUUAUAAGAACCACCUAAAGAUCCCGUUCAAUUCUUUACUCAAAGCACCUCUGACAAAUUACAUUGUUAGGCUCGUCAAAUGUCAGUCAAGGUUAAAUUUUUAAUUAAUGUCGAACGCUUUUCUACAUCUUAAAGGAACUCUACUGUGGGAGCCGCGGUUAAGUAAAAAAAAGGUCAAAUUUUGUACGUGAUAAAAUGAUUUGGUUACUGAUUUUCUGCUGCAUCAGUGCCAAAGUUAUUGCAGACGAAGAUCAAACCUUUAUAGCUGCCCACUUCAUAAGAAGGGAAAAUAGGCGUUUAGCUGGCAGAGCCGUUGCAAGAAUGGAUUCAUCAUCUGUUAUGUCAUGUUGUCAGGCGUGCUUAAGACACUCUUGGUGUACCUCUUCUAACUUUGAAGAGGCCUUAAGGAAUUGUGAACUGAACAAGCACGAGGUCUCGCUAAUUAACUAUGAUGACGAGGUCACUGAACAGAAAGGCACCACAUUUACAAUGCUUCUGAAGGUAAGAAAACUCUGAUGAUUUGUAAGGUUGUAACAUGCAGUACAUCGAACUAUCGGUUAAUUAACGCUGCAAUGCCGAUCGAGCAAUAGUAAAAAUGAAACAUUGAUAACAAUCGCGAUAGGGUAGCGAAUUCUCCAUAAUUUCGAUAAUUGCUAAACCUCUAACAUUCUAACUUCAUUGGAAAAUGGAAACAUCCUUUUUACCCAUCUUUGAAUCUCAAGGUCACAAUAACGGUAAAAAAGAAACAAAGCCUACUGCACCUAGAAUGUUUGAGCGUCUUGAUUCUUGAACUGCUUUGGGUCAAAUGUUGGAGAGGGGUUAUACAAAUUGCUGAGAUUCGUUCAAACUUCAACAUGGCGGCCAAUUUGUAAUCGUCGCAAACAAAAAAGGAAAGGCUGCUAUGUGGAAGUGUUUUGGCUUCAUAAAAGAAAAUAAAGACACUGCCAUCGAAAAUAAAGAGUGGGGCGCAGAUUAUGCACGACGACGCUGAAAUACAGCGGGGACAAGACGAAUCUGAUGGACCACAUUCGUCGUAAUCAUCUGGUCCUGCAGAUUUGCGAGAUUUGAAAGGUUCGACCUCGUGCUCAGAUGCCUCGAGUCCAGUUCGACCCGAGUAACUCAGCCGACACAGAAGUGCUCUCGCAAUUCUUCCAGCAACCCCUUCCACGUAAUUCAAGUAGAGCAAGGGAUAUUUUUAAUGCUAUUUUGCAGUUUAUUCGUAGUUAUUUCUUCAAGUAUAAGGCAUUAAGCAAAAACAGACAUUCCUGAAAACUAUCGCAAUACCAUUGCAAUAGUACCUCCACUAUCGCAAUACUAUCGUAAUAUCAAUAGUAUGUGACCUAUUGCAAUACAACUGCAAUAACUCAAAUCAUGUUCCUCAGUAGUCAUCCCUUAUUACUUGCUUAGGAGGUAUUCAAAGUGCAGCUUCAAAGGUUUAUAGUGCAACUGUAGAAUAGCAAAAGAAAACAAAUACGGCCAGCUUGAGAAGAUAAGAUUUUUUCUUCUGAUAAUGGAAUGUUUCAUUGCAAUAUACAAAAAAUAAUAAUAUGUGUCUUUAGAGGGUUUAUCACAUGGGUUAUUGAACCUUUAUUAAACUAAGGAUCUUAGCAGCACCAAAAGGCACCAAACCCUUUCUCUAGUAAUGCUGAUGAAAAUUUAUUAGCUGCUCUGUCACAGGCUGGGUUUCAUAAGAUGCAUGGGCCCAUGAGUUCCGGAGGGGUUAGCUUGUUGUGCCUAUGUCUUGGUACAAUAUUUUUUGUUCGCUUUAGCCAUCCAAGCUGGGUUUAGUUCUUUUUAUUAAUGGAAGGCGAGUUCAGUUCUUCAAUAAAUGUAUAGAUUAUUUGAUAAACGGAUGUAUGUCGCCUUUAUUUUCAAGAUCCAAAAGUUAACUGGUAAAGUUAAUUCUCUUUUGACGGCAACUUUUAUUUUCCCCACUAAGCUCUUUUAAACAUUGCUCAGGCUCAAAUUAAUCCUGCAAUUAAACUAGGGGAAUUCACCUGUACUGACAAUUAUACUCAGAGUCAAGAUCCAAUUGUUACUUCCUUUUUUCAAACAAGCAGGAUUAAAGGGUAAGUGGGUAAAAAUAAUGUUUAAUAAUUAAUCUUCUUGCACAUAAACGAUUCCACUGUGUUUGGUCCUUUGACGAAAAGUGGACGAUGUCUCCAGAAGAAAGACUAGGCGGCCAAGAGUAUGUAAGUUUAGGGAAGGCAUGGUUAAUCAAAACACAGAAUCAAAUCAAGCUAUUUUUUUAGGCUUUUAUGUACAAAAAAUAAGGUAGUAAAUCUACUGAAUUGAUAAAUGCUUUGAAAUGGAUACCUUGUCUGUUCAUUCUCACGAUGUUCAAUAUUACAUUAUUAGAAAACUUGUGGGGUGCAGGCUAACUACAAAAAAAUAUCGUGCUAGGGAAAUAUAACACGGGGGUACCCAACGCCUGUUUUCUGCAAAAUAUUUGUUCGGAAAAGUAAAUAAAUUUUUACUUUUAUAACACCAUUGAAUUGCAUCUAUAAUAAUAAUAACAAUAACGAUUUUAUUAGCAAUACUUCCACGAAGUGGCUCUUAUAUUAUUACAAAAAAUCAUGCCGAUUUUAAAUUAAAAAUGAUAUAUACCAUAAAUUAAGGAUAAGUACAAAAAGUUUGAUAAAAAAUUUUACAAUUAAAAUUUUCGGGAAAAUAACACUGCGGCAAUGGUAAUUUCGAAAAGACGUAAGUUGCCCUAGUAUGACCGAACAGAUGCAAAAUUUGUAGUGCCGCUUAGAAUGCAUCCCUGAAGAUUUAAAAGUACUCUGGAUAGCCUAAAAAAGCGUUUUCGAUGUAUUUAGGAGGAAACCGACGUUAGCUUGGGGCGACUGAAUUAAAGAGGAAAAAGUUGAUAAACGUGAAGUUACCCUAAUUUUCAACACCUGUUUCUAUUAUACCAUACCUGCUCGUGUUCCCACAAAUUACUGAGGGGCUUCUAAUUUCUUACCGACGCCGUCCAAUUAUAUGGUAAAGACAAAAUAUUGCAAAUUGAACGCAACAAAUUAGCAAUUCUGACUCGGCAGUCUUAUGAAAAGAGUUGACGUUGUUUAUAUAAAAGCCUCUUAACAUGAGCCCGGUUCACUGGGCUGGCCGGGUUUCUCAGAUCUCGCCUCACCUCUACAUCCUUUGUAAAAUUUUUGAUGUGUUCAUAUGAGAGACCAGGCUGGCUGGGUUCCCGAGAUCUCGGUUUUUCCAGUGGUGGGUUAUCUGACUAGGAAACUUAAUUUGCUAUAUGAACACUUCAGCCCGGUUAACAGGAUGAAAGCGUGAUGAAUUCUUCUGUAACACGGUAGCCCUGAAUGGCAUCGUCUUGCUUUGCAAGCUGUAUUUUCCACAUCAUAUUUAACUGCAGUGAUACAGCUAUAAUAGUUGCCAAUGAUAUAGUUUUGUGUUUCUCCAUGUUUUCUUUGUGUCUCGAAUUUUGAGCCAGAACUCGCCCCUAGGAUCUUCAGUCUUUUAUCAUCUCGGAAACCGGGCUGAAAUUUCUCAUUGAUCCCGCUGACCUGGCCGGCUCGGUCAACAGGGCUCAUGUGAAAAGGCCCUAGGACGUAAAAUACAUGCUAAUAAAAUUUAUGUACGUACAACGCUAACAAUUAACGCAAAAUGUAGCAACUGUUCGAUCUACUAUGAUCCACCUGCACCACCUUGCACCUAUCCCGUAGUCAUGGUGACCGUUGGGGCGCCACGCACCUAGCAAACUUUUCGCUCCAUUUGAUUCUGUUUUCAUAUUCUCUUAUGGCGUUGCAAAACUUCAACCCCGUCCACUCAGAGAUGUUAUUCUCCGAACGCUUCUUUUUCUCUUCUCCAUCAUUGCACUGUUCCUUGUAAAAUUGUCUUGGCAAGCCCUACUGAUCCUGCUAUGUGCCCAAACCACUUUAACUUGCUUUUCUUUACCGUGGUUAGGCAAGGCAUCGGGCCCUAUGAUGACAUCUUGAUUCUGUCUCUCACUGCAUCAUUAGUGAUGUGGUCUCUGUAUAAGAUGCCAAGCCUUUAUGGAGCAUUUUGCAUUAGAAAGUGCAAGCCUAAACUCAAUUCCCGGGAGGAACGUAGUGAAUUCACAAACCUUCUAUUUUAGUAUUUCAGAGACCAUUCUUAAGAGCUUUUAGAGGUCCUUUGUCUAGAGACAUUCCAUCAUUAUAGCGUUGUAUUCCAUUCACAGUUUAUUUCUAUAGCUUUCAUACAUACUUCACAUCUUUUACACAUUUCACCCUACACUUUCUUUGCAUAUAUAUAGCGCGCGCGGAAUAUUUUCUCAUCCCUGAUGAUGCCGUUGAUCGAAGAAAGCUUGGAUUUUGGAUUUUACUUUUUUUAAACAGCAGUUUGAGGCCUCACUAGAACAGUUUUAUAUUUUUAUUUUUCUAAAGCAUCUCAUCUCAGUGGCCUUCAAUUCCUUCAGGAUGUCCGCUGUCAAUGUCCAGGUUUCACAGGCGUACAACAGUACUGAGAUAACCAGGGGGCGCAUAAGUCUAAUCGUUGCACUUAGAGAGAUAUGCUUAUCGUUCCGGUUGGUCUUAAUCUUGCUAGUGCUGCUGUUGUCUUUGCAUUUCUGUACAGUACUUUAGGCUUGGAACUUUGGUCUGUGAAGACUGCGCCCAAAUACUUGAAGCUGUCAACUUCGUCCAAGUUUUCAUCGUUGAUUCUGAUGUCAAUGCUGAUGCCACUUGUGAUGUUGGUCAUCAGUUUGGUCUUCUCCAAAGAUCUUCUCUUCUCCAAAGGCUGCGGAAGUCUUAUCCAGGCGAUCUACUAGCAAGGCUUGUUCUUCCUCUUUUCCCGCAAAGCCAUCAAUGUCAUCGACAAAGCGGAAGUUGGUAAUUGUUCUCCCUCCGGUGCUGACUUUUCCUUGGUGAUCUUCUAGUCAUCAGUCAUAAUUCUCUCAAGAAAAAAGUUGAAAAGAGUCGGUGAGAGUAAAGAUCCUUGUCUGACUCCGACUGUGGUUCUGAACCAGCCUCCUAUGCCGCCAUUAAUUAAGCUAGAUUGCACUAAUGGCCUUGUUGUAGAGGUUUUCAAGACUUGGAUCAGGUUGGCGUUAAUGUUAUAAAGCCUCAAAGUAGACCAAAGGGCUUUAUGCCAUAAUCUGUCAAACGCCCUUUUACAAUCAAUAAAGACGUGAUAGAGGUCUUGUUGUUGUUGGAGGUACCUACAGUAUCCUAAGAUUGAAGAUCUGUCUAUCGUACUACGCCCUGUUCUGAAGCCUGCUUGUUCUUCUACGAUGACUGAUUCUGCCUGAGACUUCAGCCUGUUUAACAGCACCUUCAGUAUGACUUUACUUGGGUGGCAUAUUAGGCUGAUUAGUUCUUGCACUGUGUAAGGUUACCUAUCUUGGGAAGGGUAAUAAUAAGAGACUGGGUCCAUGGUAUGGGCCACGUGGAUCAAUACUAAAUGCACAGUAAACAGCGACUAAAAAACAAGUUUGGUAAAGACGACCGUAAGUAGAGCUGUCCGCUUACGAGAAGGUCCAUUAAGAGAGCUUCUACUGUAUGUUUGCUGAAUUUGGGUCUCCCAAAUCAAUAACAGUUUGAAAGUUACAGUACAAAAGUCAUGGGAAGGGCUAGGUGUUAUAGUACCACAAUUGUUUUCUUUCACUUUCAUAGAAACACUGCGUUGCGUCUUGUGAUAAAAUUACAGAGGUCAGCGGCUGCUGCAGGAACAAUCCUUGUCAAAAUGGAGGAACAUGCACAGAAAUAUGUGAGCCCACAAGCGUUCGGUACAAUUGUUCUUGUCCAACAAAGUUUAUAGGUAGACACUGUGAGUUUGAAAGAAAAAGCUGCCAGGCCUACAAAGCUGCAGGAGAAAGUAAGUCUGGAUUGUACACAAUCACUGAUGACAGAAAUCAAUCCUUCCAAGUGUUCUGUGACUCUGACUCUGAACCCGGGUUUGCAUGGAACUUGAUCCAGUCGUUCAGCUUGUCCCACAAACAGGUACAUUGUAAAAUAAGUUAAGUCGACAGGUCAACGGAAACCAAGAUAUAGUGAUCAGGCGCAUGCCCCUUAGAGAAGAUUUGAGUGAUUUUCGUGGUUUUAGGGAUACUGAAGAUUACUGAUACCAAUUCUGAACAUUUUCAAUUCUUGCGUGGUUGAUGUUAUUUUUUAUAACAGCAUUACAUAAAAUAUCUAAAUAAAUAUCUAAAAGUGAAAGAUUCAUAGAACAUGACCGAGCUUACGAGGGCAAACCGAUUAUCAGCUAAGAUAUAAAAUCAUUUUUGUUUCCAGAAUAUUAUUUUUUCUGACUACUCGGAAUCAAUCAGCGGUGAUCACCUAAACUGGCGUGCGUACCUGAUCCGCGGUAAAUAUCUGGAGUGGCUUGGAACCAAGUCCACUCACUGGCGAGCUACCUGCCGCUAUGAUAUCGAUGGAGUUGUGUACACAGAUUACAUGCGAACAUCCCUGGCACAUUGUAACAUAUUGGCCUUGCCAACAGUGGUCAGUGGAGCCUGCUUCCAGUUCGAAUUUAUAAACAUCCGGGGGCAUGAAUGUGUUAAUUGUACGGUGCCCCUCUGGCAAAGUAAGAGCGGUUACCCUUUGCACACAGAUACGUCCAUCAAACACUGCGAAUUCAAUGGCAAACAAGGUGCGCUUUACAGCGAAGAUAACUUUGGUUUUUACGGGGUUGUAAAUUCGCAGCAUCGCUGUUCGAACAAUUCUCUUUCUACAACUCAGUUCUGGUUGGGAGGCCAGUAAAAAAGGUAACUCGUGACUUAGUUCACAAUAAUUGCUAACAUGCUUCCAGUCUUGAACGACGAGUUAACGCAGACCAUAAAUGAAAAGCUAGCAUGGUAUAUGCGCCGAUAGAGUAGAGAAGUGAUGACGUCACGAAAACUUAAUUUGAGAAAUUAUUGGAUAGGCUGGGAUAAUCAGAAAGUGUCCAUUUACCAAAAUUCAGUUUGUUCAAGCAAAUUGGCCGUGAGUUAGUGAGUGCUUGCCUUAAGAAUUCGGUCGAAAUAUAAAAUAAUUAAAAAUAAGGUCUUUAUUGAUUCCAAAGACAAACGUUCCUGAUUACAACUGACAAUUAAAUAAAAUCAAAAAGACACCUAUUAAUAAAACAGUGUUUAAACGGUGAGUCCUAAUUUGAGGAAGUACAUAGGAGUCACCACGAUUACUUAGUUAAGUUGUUUUACUGGGUGGAAGGAGAUCUGCCAAAGGGCCCUCAGCAGAAUUUGUGAUGUUCUUCCAAAACUUAUUAUCUAAGGCCUCUAGAAGGCUCAAAAUGGACGUGGCCUCUUGAGAAAGCCAAAACGAACUGCUCUCUUCUGCAACUUAUCAAUUUUAGAAAAAUACUUAUAACUGGGUCAUAACUUGCAACACCCCAUACUGAAAUGCCAUAAGUAAAAAGAGGUAUAAUCAGACUAUGGAAGAGGUGGUGUAAAGAGUCUAGACUAUAACUAUACUUCUUGCACACUGGUAAAUAAUAAAUGGAACGGAUCGGUCCGGCUGGAAAUUUUCCGGAAAAAGUGGUUUACCCUUGAGAUUUUCCUUCCGGUCAGACCGAAACUACCGUUCCAUUUCCAAAAAUUUCGUUUCCAUUCCCACUUCGCUGAGAAACAAAAUUUCGGUCGAAAAGUAAAGGGAACGCUUAAGCCCAGUUAGAAACUUUGUUUUAAGCGAAAAGUAUUGUUCUAUAUUUUUCUUUUUUUGGUUUGUUUCAAUGACUUCUGACCGGUCGGUUGGGUAGGAUAAAAAGUAUCCAUAAACAUUAACGUUAUGCUCCGAUGAUACCAUGCAAAUUCUGAAAUUGGCUUGGAGCGUACCUUUUACGAUCCAGGUCAAUUCCAGAAGGAUUUGUAUGGAAUCAUCGUAGCAAAACGUUACUUAUUUCUCACCACCAAUUUGCUCGAACCAGCUGAAUUUCGGCGAAUUAACACUUAACUCUCGAGCGACUGGGUCGGACAUGGCAGGCAUGGAACGUGUCUUUUGGGGCUCCUCAAAUAUUCCAGUACAGUUAUGCCAAUUUCUGGCUCAUCCUCGGUGUAAGAACCUGUUAAACUCACCGGUGACGCAAAACAAAGAAAACAAAGAAGUCAACACAAUAAAACCUAGAAAAACAAAAGGUACAAAACAAAGAAAAAGUUCACAGGUUCUUACACCGAGGUAAACCCCAAUUUCUUGUUAGCCUAGUUCAUCAGCGGCAUAAUCAACAGCUUUUUGCUGGCUGCUGUUUUAAGCUCAUCACUAAGUGUUAGUAAUUCUCUUGUGUAUAUGUCGCUGUUCUAUAUCUUAUUGUUAUUAGUCAUAAUAUGUAUGCUUGCCUCACAGAUGAAGGUUCUUUGUUAUCAAAUAGCGUUAGUUUGGGAAUUGCAUAUUAGUCCUAUGGGUUUUGAGAUGAUGUUCCUCAUUGUGAAACCAGUUUAUGAAAUGGAGCGUCGGACAGCGAAAGAGAGAAAUAAAUUCUCCUUUCAUUUCAAGAAAUGGGAUAAGCUCCUAACAUGCACAGGGACAUCAUAUCAAACUCCAAUAACUGCUAUAACUCCUAUAAACAUCGUCACAUAUCAUCAUCAUAUAAAAUAAUUAUAAUUAUUAGUAUUUUUUAUGGAACUAUAACACCAUGUGAGGCUACUUUAUCUCUGAAUAUGUAUUUGUACAUUGGUUGUAAGUCUAUGGGAAUUUGUAAAACUGGAGUAACUGAAAGAAAUGUGUGUGGGAGUGGGUGUGGGGUGGGCGUGUAGAUGAUGUAGAUGUGUGUAUUUUUGUUAAGUGGGCACUUCUGUUUACUGUUAACCUAUAUAGUUAGUAAAGCUGCCUGUAAAAAAUUAUUGACCAAAAACCAAACUUUAAGUUCCUAGUGUUGGUUUUCAGUAGCAGGUCUAGAUCACACAAAAUUCGGCUUUUAUCAAUUUCAAAGUUUUUUGUCUAUUGUUAUCAUAGUAAUAUCGAUUUUACAUAAAACUACAUUUUCACAAAUUUCAAUCCAUAGCCAAUUACUGGUGAAAAUUUAUAGCGAUCGGACAAGGAAAAAAAACACUUUUAAGGCGAUUGAAAAAUAUCGGUAUGGCCUCUGAAAAACCGUAUCGAAACACCUUAAAAAUGGAGGAGAAAUCAGAUGAAAUGACCACAAGCUACUGUCUACAAUUGAAUACACUUUAAGACGGAAAACGUCAAUUCUUUCCCUACUCACUUAAUUGCACUCUUAUUGUGGCUACUAUAGUACACAUGUUGUCUACUUGAAAUAAAUUAGGUGAGAUCCCCAAACCUUGCAUUGAUAUUCUGUUGGGUUUUGACAACACGUAACUGGUAACUAUUCAGUUAAUCAAUUAAUUUUAACAUAAACUAGAUGUCCUGAGAAUCUAGGUUGCUCGAGGCGUAAUUACGCUACUUUCUUGCUUAACAACCUCCCUCGUGUGUCUAUAGCACGAUUUUUUAAUUAUUUAAAUUUAUUAAAAUAAAUAAGACAUUGCAUGAUUGAAUGUGUUUGACACUGUCAUGUGUACGUCACUAUCUCUAACCAUCACAAAUUAAGCAAGUGCACAUUUAAUUAACUCCUGCUCCUGCUAAAACUAGUCAAUAAAAAAAUAAACUCUUGUAAUAUAUGUAAAUAUCGUGUAAAUGAUGCGUGUUAAGCAAGCUGAAGUUAUAUUAAAAUUAUACAUGAAAAUGAAAGAAACACGACACGUGCAGCAUCUGUUUAACAUGAACAGUCCUCAGUAGCACAAGAAAGGCAACGAAAUGGAUGUAACGACAUUAUUGAUGAUUUCUCUCCUCCAUUUUCGGGUCGUCAAAGCUAAUGACCAGUCAGUAUAGAAAAUGGCAAACUUAUUCUCUUGAUAUCUAAGUAGAUGCCCUGGAGAACUCUGAGUUAGUUGCCCCGCCUUUCACGCGUUUGCCAAGAUCAAACCAAUUCAAUGCUACUCAUGGUAUGUAGAUGACUGAUCGGUGUUAAUCGUUCAACUACAAGGAAAAUAACGAAGGAAAAGUUAUUGAUUGAAGUUGAAUGCGAGUUGAAUGAGGGUAGUCACUUUACAACCCGGGCUCUCUUAGGCAUUCCCUGGGGUCACGUUACCACAACUUUGACAGGGAAUUCAGCCAAAAGAUAUUAGAGUGAUUUUACUUGAACCUGAAACAGAUACUAACAAAUAGUGCAAAAUAGAGAGGUAAACAAAAGAAUACAAGAGAAUUAGUGCAUAAUUGUGUUUAGUAUUCUACUUCCUAUUUUACGUACGAUUCAGAAGUAAAGUCGUUCUAACUGAUUAUAGUCAAAACAAACUACUGUUACUUUGGGCCAAGUGAUUAAUACAGGUAUCUGAGCAAGAGCAUGUAUUGCUGAGAAAAAGUGUUGCUUGAACAUUAUUUCGUUAGCGUAAUCGAAUUUAUCAGUAAAAAAACAACCUAUUUCCAGGGUAUUGGGGACUUUUUUAAGGAAAGGAAUGCUAACUGAUAGAAACCCUAUCACUUAAGAAAGCCGUGUUUUAAUUGAGCCCAAUUCCUAUUUGGAUUGUUGUAUUUUCUAUCCUCGAAUGUGUCAUAUUGGGAUACCGACGUGUAUUAGUUUAGCCUGGCAACAAGUGAAAUUAAAAACAACAAACAAGUGCAUUUUGUAUUUCAAUUGAAAUGAUUCAAAAAAUAAGCACGGUUUUCUUUAAAACAUUAAGGCGCUUCCUCGUGUAUCCCGAUUAGUCUCAUACAAUUUUAGAAUCAUUGUUAUUCCAACUUUUAGAGUCAUAGUGUAAAGUCAUGUGAUGGUGACGUCACGUGUAUCAAUGGCUGUUGCAAGAACAAUUCUAGUCAAAAUGGAGGAACAUGUACAUAAAGCUGCCAAGCCUACAAAGCUGCAGGAGAAAGAAAGACUGGUUUGUAUACAAUCAUUGAUGACAGCAAUCAAUCUUUCCAUAAGCGACUUUGACUCUAAACCCUGGUUUGCGUGGAACUUGAUACAGUCGUUCAGCCGCUCAACCACAGAUCUGGUUUAGAUAAGUUUUUCUAUGUAAUACUCGAGAUUCUCAGAACUCCAACCUCGCAAUUAUGUUUCGAGUCGUUUCAGACAGACGCAGAGGAAAGAUCUUUGCGUUAGUAGUAUAGUAGGCAUGUCUUACUCCUUUUUUACAGGGGAAUCUUACCAACUUGCGGAGGAAUACAUUAAAGCCGAUGACGUCAUAACCUUUUUUUAUCUCAUGAAUAAAAUGCGGGGAAUCUCAUUCAUCAGUGCUAUUUUCAGGAAGACUGCACCGACUGGUGAUGUAUUCUAGUUACUUCUCGGUCGAUGAAGGUCUUGCUGGUUAACAAAAAUACUAAGAAAAGAAUUUUACGGAACAAGAGCUAAUUAGCCUGUGACUUGAAAUUGCUGAACGUAAUAAUACAAGUUUUUUUUUUCCUGCCGCUUGCAUUGCCCAACAAGUUGUUCCAGUUCUGGUUCACUGAUUCUUGGCGCACAAAUCAUGCAUGCAUAUUUAAUGAAAUGUCACUUACAGAGUGAAGUUUCCAGUCUUUCAAACUUUAUCACUAUGGUGAGAUUGCUCCAAGACCAUAAAAUUUCUUGGUAGUCGUGCGCGUUCGCUAUUCGGUGAACCAAGCAACGUCUACUAUGACUCCAUGUCUCCUUUUUCACCCAUCUCAACCAACCCUUAAAAAUAGCCCACGUUCGAUAUAGUGAAAUUCCAACAUGACUUCUAUGCUUUGUGGGCAAAAUUGCAAAUUUUUCACGACUCCAUUGUCUCGCAAUUGCCAGAAGAAGCUUGAGCGCAAAGAAAUAAACCAGAUAUAGAAAUAUGACCAGAAAGUGUCGGAGUGAUGUUAGAAUUUUAAAAUAUCUAACGUGGGCUAUUAACAAUACUACUGCACUCACACGUGCGAUGCGACACUCACGGAGCCCAUGUGUACGCUCUCAUAGCGUCUUACUACAAAUGCAAAGACCAUAUUUUUUGAAAAUUUGUUGAGGAAGAACAUCUAUGCCAGGCGGUAUGGUUUUAAAGUCAUACUCAACAUACUUGGUUAAUUUCUUUUAAUAGGGCAAUACACGUCAUGCCUAAGUAAUUGGAAAGUAAGCGCCAUCACGCGGGCGCCUUUAAGCCAUUUAAAAAUGGCUUUUUCUUAAUGCUGGCACAAAAAAAAGAUCUUGGAAUUUCUUGUGUUUUGAUUUCAAAAAAGAGCCUUAUAAAUCACAAAUUUUGUUAAAGUUAUGAUUAAUUGGUAACAGAACUUCGUGUCGUCCAAUUCGGUCUGUAAUCAUACUGGUGAUUAAACAAAUCGGACUCCCGCUACGCGGUCGUCCGAUUUUGUUAAUCAGUCGUAUAAUUACAGACCAAAUUGGCCUAAUCGCCUAAUCGCCUUCUUGUUGUUUCAAUUACUGAUUCAUACAAAAUGAAAAGAAUCUCUUUCAAAAAGGAUAGAAAGAAAAACAGAUGAUGAAAAUCAGUAAACACAAGUUGCUGCCUACAGUGAAAUGCAUUUCAAAGUGACAGCUUUAAAAUCUUAUUUCUGAAGGUUUUAUCGAAUCCGUAAUUCUGACUAGACUACUGUACAGCGCCCGAAAUUAAUUACUCUCUGCCAACAGUGGCUUUAAUAGUACAAAUGUCAUUGCGUACCUCCUUAAUUAAAUUCAAGAGAGGAUAAAUAAGCUAUCCACCUGAUUGGAUAUUGUGUUUUGACAACACGUGGAUGGAAAUGUCCAAUUAACAUAUCAAUGAUAGCUAGAUGUAUAAUAUUCCUUUUUCAAAUAUCAGUCCCUUUUCGGUAAAUAAUUAAAGUUUUUUUUUAGCUUAACCUUCUAAACAGCGUUUCCUUUAAAAAAAAUUAUCUAAAAACUCUGGUCAUCUAUAUCUUUCACUCCAGACCAAAUUUACAUCUUCAUAACUUUUCUGGAAUUUUAAAAAAUUUACAAUCUUAGUCCGGAAACGACUAUCGCUGGAUUUCAGGUAAAAACCAAAUGUUUACUAGAAGGAAAAAAUUAAUGCAUGGCAGAAGGUGGAUAGUCAUGAAAAUUGUUUAUUAAGCAUGCUGGAGUUAUAAAUACUUAAAAGGAACUUGACAAGGCAGGUACACGCAGCUUUCCUUUAACAGGAACCGCCGCUCGCAGAGGAACUAUAGAGUGGACCUCAUAAUUUGAGAUGGCCAUAGCGAGAUUAGUGAUAAUUUCACUCCUCCACUUCGUGUCCGUCAAGGCAAAUGACCAUUGCAGAAAGGGAAAAUGCCAAACUUAUUCUCUUGAUAUAUACGGAGAUGCCAUGGAGAACUCUGAGUUAGUGAGCCAUGUUUUUCACAAGUCUGCCAUGAUCAACCUUAUUCAGUGCUUCACAUGGUGUGUAGAUGACUGUCGGUGUUUGUCGUUUAACUGCAAAGAAAAUAAAGAAGGAAAAGUUUGCGAGUUGAAUGAAGGCAGCCACCUUACAAACCAGAGCUCUCUUAUACAUUCCCUAGGGUCACGUUACUACAUCCUUAACAGGACAUCCAGCCAAAAGGUAUUACUUGAUUAUAGUUAUUGAAACAAAUUACUGAUAGUUUGCGCUUUUUUAACACAAAUCAAUCAGGUGACUAAUACAGUUAUGUGAGCAGAGCAUGAAAUGCUGGGAAAAUGUAUUUCGUUGGUGUUAUAAAAUUCUGGUGUAAAAAACCAACUCAUUUCCCAGGUAUUGUAGACCUAAUUUUGAGGAAAGUCCUGUUAACUAAUAUAGAAACCCUAUCACUUAACAAAGUCGUUCUUUUAUAUGAGCCUAAAUCCUGUUUGGAUUGUUUUGCUUCGUGUACUUGGAUGUAUCAUUUUGGGGUUCGUCCAUACUAAACUAACACACGCUGCUAGAGGUGAAUUAAAAAGACUGAACGAACAAGAGGAAUUUUGUGACAGAUGUUUCAAUUAAAAUGUUUCGAAAAAUACUGAAGUAUACAACACAAGGUUUUUUGAUAUAGUUGUUCACAGACCAUACUGAUAUUUUUCAAUCGCUUUAAAAGUGAUUUUAUCCUUUUCUGAUAGCUAUAAAAUUUUCACCAAUGAUUGACUAUAGAUCUAAAUUUGUCAAAAUGUAGGUUUUAGUAAACUCGAUAUUACUAGGACAACAAUAAACAAAAAACUUUGAAAUUGAUAAACGCCUAAUUUUGCGCGAUCUAGACCAGCUACUGAAAAUCCAACACUAGGAACUUAAAGUUUGGUGUUUAGCAAAUAACCGAUCCGUAAGAAGUAAAAAAAUUCUGUAUGUUUGAUUUCGACUAAAACGAAAAUAUAUUUCAAACCUUAAAUUUUCAAUAGCCGUGAUAGAUUAUAUGAUAAAAACGUUGUAAAUGACUCAGAUUGUUCUUAAGUAGCAUCAGAAUGCUGCUUAAUAUCAUAUUUCGAUGUUCAGAAAUUGUGGUGCAUUUUCGUUCUUGCGAUCUCAAAAGCUAACCCGUUUUCUCAGCACCUGUCUAAGUGCAGCUUCAUUCAAAAUUUGGACUUUUAACGCUUUUUUGUAUAUCUAUGAAACGACUCGAACGAAUUUUUUAAAAUAUCUUCACAUAAUCUUUCUAUUGUAUAUAAUAAUGUCUGAAACUUUCAUUAAGAUUGAUUCAAACUAAAAUGUACUAGUCAUGGAGGUAUGUAUAGCGCGCAUUUUUUUUUUUUUUGGAAAAAUUAGCAUAACGUCAAAAUAGUGAAUGUUGUAACGCAGACUUUUGACAGGUGCGUAGGAUAGGUUUGUCUUAAAAUUUUAAGAUGAUGCAGUGAAUCAAUCUCAGUGAAAGUUCGGACCUUAUUAUAUAGAUUAUGUGAAGAGAGUUUUACUAAGUUCGUUCGAGUCGUUUCAGAGAUAUACAAAAAAGCGCUAAAAGUACAAAUUUUGAAUGAAGUUGCACUUAUACAGGUGAUGAGAAAACGGGUUAGUUUUCAAGAUCGCAAGAACGGAAGUACACCAAAAUUUCCUGGCAUCAAAAUAUGAUAUUAGGCAGCAUUCUGACGCUACUUAACAAUAAUUUUUGAGUCAUUCAUAACGUUUUUAUCAAUAAUCUAUCACGGCUAUUGAAAAUUUAAGGUUUGAAAUAUAUUUUCGUUUUAGUCGAUAUUCAAACAUACAGAAUUUUUUACUUCUUACGGAGAUUUUUUGCUAAACACCAAACUUUAAGUUCCUAGCGUUGGAUUUCCAGUAGCUGGUCUGGAUCACACAAAAUUCGGCUUUUAUCAAUUUCAAAGUUUUUUGUUUAUUGUCCGAUUUUACUUAAAACUACAUUUUCACAAAUUUCAAUCCAUAGCCAAUUAAUGGUGAAAACUUUAUAGCGAUCAGACAAGGAAAAAAACACUUUUAAGGCUAUUGAAAAAUAUCGGUAUGGCCUCAGAAAAACUGUAUCGAAACACCUUAAUCCAGAUGUCUUAUUAUUUUCUUCAAUAUAACUCAAAUUUCAGUAAGUGUCAGAAAAUUUCGAAUAUCAGGGUAUACCUUUACCACACUUUUUAAGACAACACCUAGUAAUAAAUGUUAAAUUAACAUAAGCUAAGUGAAGGUCUAAUAUAUAUUUUUUUCAACAUCUCUUUUCAAUAAAUAAAUAAAUAAAUAAAGCGAUUAUGGUCUGAAUUUGAACGGUUUCCCAUAAAACACGGGCGCUUCCUCAGGUAUCCUGCAUGAUUCGUCUCCUCUGAUUUUAGAAUAUUUGUUAUUCCAACUUUAAGAGUCAUAGUGUGAAGUCAUGUGAUGGUGACGUCACGUGUGUCAACGGCUGCUGCAGAAACAAUCCUUGUCAAAAUGGAGGAAAAUGCACAGAAAUAUGUGAGCUCACGAGCGUUCGGUACAAUUGUUCUUGUCCAGCAAAGUUUAUGGGUAGACAUUGUGAGUUUGAUCGAAAAAGCUGCCAGGCCUACAAAGCUGCAGGAGACAGUAAGUCUGGAUUGUACACAAUCAUUGAUGACAGCAAUCAAUCCUUCCAAGUUUUCUGCGACUUUGACUCUGAACCCGGGUUUGCGUGGAACUUGAUCCGGUCGUUCAGCCGUUCUAAUACAGAUCUGGUUUGGGUAAGUGUUUCUACGUAAUACAUAAGACUUUCAGAACUCUCACCUCGCAAUUAUGUUUCUGUCUGGAGCCAAUCGUGUCAGACAGAGGUAGAGGCAUGCUCUAUGUGGCACCUCACAGCUACAAUAGCGAGUUUUAAAAGGGACCCCCACAGCGACACCAGAGAAAACGUAACUUAUUGAGUAAAGCCGACAGUCUUUCAAACUUAGAAAUGAUUAUUCCAACUCUUUCCAUGUUCCUGAGGCAAAUUUUUCCGGGAGUUUGUACACUUAACCCGGAGUAGCUUGUCCGGCGAACUUUCGGUAAUCGAACUGAAUGGAACUCACUCAAAACUUUUGCCAAUCGAACACAUUCGAACGUUCGAAAAUUGAAGCUUCAACAAUCGUACACAAAACCAGUUUCAUCUGGUUUCAAACAAGGCCUUGCGAAAAACAAAUACGUUAUCAGUGUGUUAGCUUCAAAAACGAGUGCACUACACAGAGAGAGCGGAAAUCAAGUAGAUAACAAUUGUGGAAGCGAUGGUUAAGGCUACUACAAGUUCUCUUUCGCCCUCGGUGUUGAUGAAAAGUUCCUUGUUAAGAAGAAAAGGGGAGCGGGGUUUCAGCUCCUGAAGAUAGCGACGGCCGCCAGCUUGGACUUUGCAACGGGAACUGGUGCCUCAGUCAGCGUUGUCCAUUGACCGUCAAAUUUGGAGCGUAGGUCCCUUGUAGCUCUAUCAAGUGAAUUCCAUAUAUACCACAGUGCCCCGGUAUGCAAAGCUAUUUCCUCCCUUUAAUGAGCCUGUGAGCAAGCUCUUCGGGGAGCUCUGGCGGCGGGGAGCCACAGGGAAAUUGGAGGUGGAAUUUAAAUUUCAGAGACGUAGUUGCAAGCUCUCCUUCCUUUUCCCGCCCGCUGCCAGAGCACCCCGGAGAGCUUGCUCGCAGGCUAUCCCUAACUCUGUAUUCUUCCAUUUUACCUCAAGUAAUAAACCCUUACACUUAGAUUCAACAAAAAUAAAAAAAAUACAGAUCAGUCUGAUUGGUGGACUUAACAAUUGUAGAAAUUUGCGGUCGAACCUCUUGCGAUAAAUAAUGUAAGAACUCAAUGGAGUGAAAUGAUUAUUGUUUGUUUUGCUUUUGUAGCAGCAUGUUAUACUUUCCAGCUAUUCUGAUGCCAAUGCAGUCAGCGGUGAUCAUCCAAAUUGGCAGGCGUACCUGAUCCGCCCAACAUACUUUGCAUGGCUUGGGACCCAGUCCACUCACUGGCGAGCUACCUGUCGCUACGAUACCGACGGAGUUGUGUUCACAGAUUACAUGCGAACAUCCCUGGCAGACUGCAACAUACUGACAUUACCGACAGGGGUCGAUGGAGCUUGCUUCCUGUUCGAAUUUAUAAACAUCCGUGGACACGAGUGUGUUAACUGUACAGUGCCUCUCUGGAAUAUAAAGGGCACUUACCCUCUGCAUACAGAUACGUAUUUCCACCUUUGCGAAUUCAAUGGCACAGAAGGUGUGAUUAAAUUCGAAGAUAAUUUUGGUUUUUAUAGGGCUAUAAACCCGUCUCAUCGCUGUUCCUCGGGCCCUAACUCCACUACCCAGUUCUGGCUGGGGGGCAAGUGA